CCCGCUGUCUCACACAAUCAAAAUGGUCGGAGUUAUUUCGGCCGCCGGUCUGGUUGGCUUCCUCUCCGAGCCAGACCCUGAGCUCAAGGUGUAUGCCUUGAAGUCAUUAGAUUCGCAGAUCGACCUGCUUUGGACCGAGGUCGUGAACGCAGUUCCUGAGAUUGAGGCCCUAUACGAAGAUGAAUCUUUCCCGGAACGUGAACUCGCUGCUCUGGUUGCCUCAAAGGUGUACUAUCAUCUCCAGGAAUAUAAUGAGAGCAUGGUUCUUGCUCUGGGUGCUGGCAAGCUGUUUAAGCUUGACAACGGUGGCGAGUACGAGGAGACUAUCAUCGCUAAAUGCGUCGAUACCUUCAUCUCUCUAUCUGCCGCUCAGAACCCGAGCGCCGGUGACCACCCUGCCCACCUCAACCAGUCUUUUCCUGCAUCUGCCGAAGGCGCCACAAGCACAUCAGCAAGCCUGACCUCUCCGAUCACACCAUUCACAAAGUCUGCGCUGCCUUCUAAGUCCUUGCUAUCGCGCCAAGAGGUCCCCGGCAUCGACAUCGCUCACCCUGGAGGCGAGGACAUCAGCAUCCAACAUGAGGACACCCCUCUUAUCUUGAAGCGUGGUGUCCAAGGCCAAUUACAGGCUGUUAUUGAGCGAUUGUUCGAGGAGUGCUUCCGCCAGAAGCGUUAUCGUCAGGUUAUUGGAAUCGCCAUCGAGGCAAGGAGCUUGGAUGUUCUCCGCAUGUCUAUUAUUCGUGCCAGUGAGGAUGAGAAGAAGCAACAAGGCGAAUCCCGUCAGAGCGAGGAGCUCAUGGAGUACGUGCUUGAUAUUUGCAUGGGCAUUGUCCAAGAGCGGGCGUUCCGUAACGAGAUCUUGAAACUCAUUCUCGAGCUACUCAACGAGAUCCCUGCACCCGAUUAUUUCUCCAUCGCGAAAUGUGUCGUCUAUCUUAAUGAACACUCAAUGGCAUCCGUUAUUCUCCGCCAGCUUGUCGAGAAGGGCGACUCGCGGUCCUUGGCUGUUGCUUAUCAGAUUUCUUUCGACCUUUAUGACAACAGUACCCAGGAGUUCCUCCAGAAGGUUCGCCAAGAGAUCGCCGAGCUUGUUCCAGAAAACGAGGCCGACAAGGAGAACGCAGAGGCCAACGAGUCAGACCCGUUGCUCGAAGACCAGUCUAUCUCUAUCUCCCGGCAAUCAAACGAAGACGAUUCUGAUGAGCUGCGUAGUGCAUUUAAGAAUGUUCUUGCUAUCCUUGAUGGCAUUAAGACCAUUCAGUUGAAUCUGGAGUUCCUCUACCGGAAUAACAAAGCCGAUAUCGCCAUAUUGAAUAAGAUUCGUGAUAGCCUCGAGGCUCGGAAUUCUAUUUUCCACACUGCAGUUACUCUCUCGAAUGCUUUCAUGCACGCCGGCACUACCCAUGACAAGUUCUUCCGUGAUAAUCUGGAAUGGCUGGGCAAGGCUGUUAACUGGUCCAAGUUCACUGCGACCGCUGCCUUGGGUGUUAUUCACCGUGGCAACUUGAGCCAGGGCCAGAAGCUUUUGCAGCCCUACCUGCCCCGCGAGCACAUUGCUGGUGUUGGUGGUUCUGGCUCCGUCUACAGCCAGGGUGGUUCUCUUUACGCCUUCGGCCUUAUUUACGCUAACCACGGUGGUAUGGCCGUGGACCUCAUUCGUGACCACUUCAAGAAGGCCACCGAGGAGGUUGUUCAGCACGGUGGCGCUCUAGGUCUGGGUGUGGCAGGUAUGGCCACUGGUGACGAGGGUAUUUAUGAAGAUCUUCGAAAUGUUCUCUACACAGACUCUGCUCUCAACGGCGAGGCAGUCGGCCUUGCCAUGGGUCUUGUCAUGCUGGGAACUGGCAACAUGAAGGCGCUGGAGGAUAUGAUUCAGUACGCUCACGACACCCAACAUGAGAAGAUCGUCCGCGGUCUAGCCAUGGGUAUGGCUUUGAUCAUGUAUGGUCGUCAAGAAGCUGCGGAUGAGCUGAUUAACGGUCUCCUUGGGGAUCCUGACCCAACUCUUCGCUACGGUGGUAUCAUGACCAUUGCUCUGGCGUACUGUGGCAGCGGCAGCAACAAGGCUGUUCGCAAGCUGCUCCACGUUGCCGUCAGCGAUGUCAAUGAUGAUGUUCGACGAGUGGCGGUCAUGAGCUUGGGUUUCAUUCUGUUCCGCAAGCACCAGAGUGUUCCUCGUAUGGUCGAGCUGCUCUCCGAGUCGUACAACCCUCACGUCCGCUACGGUGCUGCCAUGGCGCUUGGUAUUUCGUGUGCGGGCACUGGACUGGACGAGGCCAUCGAUCUUUUGGAGCCUAUGCUUAAGGAUUCCACCGACUUUGUCCGCCAGGGUGCUUUGAUCUCUUUGGCUAUGGUUCUUGUCCAGCAGAACGAGGCGAUGAACCCUCGCGUUACCAGCUUGCGCAAGGCUAUGAUGAAGAUGAUGGGUGACCGUCAUGAGGAUGCCAUGGCCAAGUUUGGAUGCGCCGUGGCCCUUGGUAUCAUUGAUGCUGGUGGUCGCAACUGUACCAUUAGCCUUCAGACUCAGACCGGCAACUUGAACAUGCCCGGUAUUGUCGGUGCCGCUGUCUUUGUGCAGUACUGGUACUGGUUCCCUCUCACCCACUUCCUGUCGCUCAGUUUCACUCCGACCUCUGUGAUUGGUGUGGACCAAAAGCUGGAAGUGCCAAACUUCAAGUUCCACAGCAACACUCGCCCCAGCCUGUUCGACUACCCCCCAGAGCAGCAGGUGAAGACAGAAGAGGCUCCGGAGAAGGUCAAGACGGCAGUACUCUCUACCACUGCUCAGGCCAAGCGUCGGGCACAGCGUCGGGAGAAGCAGGCCCGCCGCGAAAGCAUGGACAUUGACCAAACGCCUACCACCCCUAAGGUGUCAGACCAGCUGCCCGAGAAGAUGGAUACAGAUGAGAGUGUCCCCAAGGAGGGAGACGAGGGCAAAGAUGGAGAGAAGAGCACUGGAGAAGGUCAGAAGAAGAAGGCGGAGCGGGAGAAGGUUGGUUAUGAGCUGGACAACAUGUCAAGAGCACUACCCGCACAGCUCAAAUAUCUCACUUUCCCCGACCCGCGGUAUGAGCCAGUUAAGCGCCCUACCGGUGGCGUCGUUGUUGUCCUUGACAAGCAGCCUAAUGAACCUCGUGAUAUUGUUGAGCUAAAGGCUAGCAAAGAACAACGGCAACCCGCUCCCCCUGCCGAGACUCUUCAGGAUCGCCUUCAGGCCGCCAUUGGCAACGCCGCUCUGCAGACCCCUCAACGGGCUUCUGCUCGAGCUGCCAUGUCCGAUACUCCAGCUGGCGCUGCGGCCGCCGCGGGUGUCUUGACCGCUGUCGAUGAGGAUGAGGAGGGUGUGGAAGACGCUCCUCUUCCGGACGAGUUCACAUACGAGUCGGACGGAGAGGAUGAGUAG